AAAUAAGAUUUCCAAGUAUGACUCCCAUGAGUGAAUUUGAACCCAUGAACCCAAUCCAUCCGGGGUAAAGGAAAAGGAACAUCUUUCUCUUCUUCAGCUCUUUCUCUUCUUCAGCUCUUCCCCCUCUUCUCUUCUUUCUCCUCCCCUUUCUUGCUCAUUCCCUCGAUCCUUCGCUGCUGUUGUCGUCGCUCUUUUAUGUGCCUGCCAUAGCCGACUCUUCGUGAUCGCCACCAAUCUUCUGCCCCGUCUCAACCCCGCUUAAGGCGCACGGCUCUCAUCCCCCGCACUCCACACCGAUCGUUUGCCACCAUGAACCAGACCCACGCCGCACUCCACGCCCUACCGAGCGAUCUAAUCAAUAAGCUGUGUCGAUCCAAGGUCACCAGGCUUUCUCUGAAGCAGAUAUAUACGCUUGGAAGACAUGUCUUGGAAUCCAAGAACCAGGGUGCACUCGUCAUCCCCGCAGUGUUCCUGCAUCAGGAGCUGCCAAUCCGGCUUUCCCACGCACUUAAGAUGCUCAACUCGAAUUUGCUGCCGGUCAACAUGGCAGACAUGCCCAAUUUCCAGAAUAUUGCUCGCUCGUACCUGGAAGACAUAAGCAUGGUGACGCAGAUGCCGAAACCCUCGACACCUCAAUUAGAAGAAGAGUUCACUGCCCUGCUCCGGAAUCUGGAACAGCGCCAUAAGAUCAAGAUUCUGGCUAUCAGUAGAGGAUUCAGGGAGCUCAUGGAUAACGUCCAGAGAGAAUGCAUUGAGCACGACUCUGGUCACAACCCACUUUUCUAUCACAACGGCAAGGGUUACACUAUCGAUCCUGCGGCAGACAGGGCUAUCCAGACCUUUUUUAACCGAUUCUACACUAUCAACCUCGGGACCCGACUCCUGAUUGGUGAGCACUUGGCAUUGCAUGAUCGCGGUCUGAAUCUGGUUCGACGCGUGAACCCGCUGUCGAUAUCACAAAGCGCCAUUCGGGAUGCUCAGAAAGUGUGCGCUGCUCAUUAUGGGCAGGCAGCGCCAUCAGUCCUCAUUCAUACCCCUAAUCCAGAUAUCACAACAACAUAUGUGGAAGAGUUUCUGCACAGGAAUAUCUAUGAGCUUCUCAAGAAUGCUAUGCGAGCGACCAGUGAGACGCAUUUGAACAAUGGAUCCCCUGUCUCCUUGGGAUUGUCCACGGCCUCGUCUGCAACGACAAGUAAAUCAAAGCUGCCGCCCAUCAAGCUGGUCUUGGUCGAUGGCGGUGAGGAUGUGACUAUCAAGAUCUCUGACGAAGGCGGCGGAAUGGCAUUGAGCGAAAUGGACAACAUCUGGAGCUAUGUUCAUUCAGGAGGAUCGUCUAAUCUUCGACAGUCAUCGAGCACAAUGAAACAGGAGGUCCCCAAGACCACGACGACCACAACGCCGUUUCAACCGUCGGCCCCAACCACCUCGACAUUGCAUACAUCUAAUGUCUCCAAGACUGAGACAGCUCCAAGGAUGGUGCUCCAGCCUGCGGAUUCGAUGGCUGUUAUGGGAGGAUUGGCGAGCGAGGCUAAGGACUAUUUGGAUCUGCCGUUGAGUGGAUCAGGCCAUGGCCUUCCUCUUGCCAGGCUGAUUGCGCGUUAUUUCGGAGGCGACCUGUCCUUGAUUUCGAUGGAGGGCUACGGAACGGAUUCGUAUCUAUCACUGUACCGUGAUGAUGACCAUUUGGAGAACUUUCCAGAGGUGGAUGAGGAGAUGGCUGCUGAGGUUGAUGUCUUUGUGAACGAUCUCCUGGACGAGUCUGCCUCUGAGGAGACCUUUUCAAGCUAUAUAAAAUCAUCCAACUCGACGUCGACUACAUAAUCCGUUAUCAAGUCUGCAACAGCCCUGUAAAAAAGAAAAAAAAGGCGCAGCAGAAGACAGUCCUACUAUAGUCGCCCUUGUAAUAUAGCUCAUUCGAAUAAUCAUGAAAUCGAUGCUGUCCUGAACGACGCGUUCUUUCGAACCAAUGAUUGACCCACAUAGAAUGUUGGUGGGAUCCCUAGAAAAAUCAC